AUGUUGCUGCAGCGGGCUCGCGGAGAGGGAGCAGGGCCAAUGGUGCAGCUCAGCGUUGGAGGUGAAAACGCACGAAUAACCACAACCUCAAGAAAAACGCGGGACUUUUACCAAGACCCGCUGCUCCCGUACUUGCUGCAGUGCAUUCACCCAGGGCUACGCGGCGCAGUGGAGGUGCAGGACCGCGCGGCGCUGCUCCGAGGCGCCCAGCUGCUGGUGGAGCACGGGACACCAGACGAGGUGGCACGCCGAAUCGCGGUAGGAGUGCGGGAGGGCGACCCCAAAGGGGAAGAUCCCUCCGUGCAGGAGACUGGCGACUUCGGGGCGGACAUUCUCCUUGAGCCCGCCUUUGUCUCUCCCAGUUCGGAGUUUGCCUCCUUUUACGACGCGGAUGAGGAGCUUCAGCGGCGGUGCCACCACUUCCUCCUAACCUUUACGGGCGCCCAGGAGGCAUACAACGUUCCAUACGAUGUCCAGCGUCGUGUCGUGCCGGUUCUGUACGCAUGGGUUGUGAAUUGGGAGUUUCUUAGGCGCAACACGGAGUGCUGGGGGAGCGUCGCGGAAUGCUUUUGUCGCGUGGUCCGUUCUCGUCGGCGACGGUUUUCGCUGCGUCCGGACUUUGAACUUCCGUGGCGACCACUUGUUGAGAUUUUAAUGUCGCUGUUUUUUCAGUUUGGCGUGAUGGACCUGAACGUUUUUCAGGUUAUGCGGAAGAUCGCCGGGCGGCACUUGGAAGAGCUCUGUGAAUUGGCCGCACUACACUUUGGCGCAGACGCCUGGCCGGGUCUGUGGGAGACGUUCGCACCGUACUUCUGCGAGGAUCGCGAGGAGGCGCCGAUGACGCUGUGCCUGCUCUGCCACCUAUUCCCUGUCCACCAGCUUGCGGACGAUGCGACCGGGGCGGCGCUGCCGCUCACGGAGCGCAUUGUGAAGUUUCUCCUCGAUGACGCGCUUUACUGGCAGCAGCGGUCCGGGAACUGGCUGGCGUACUCGCUCAAGAUUCUCUUUAAGAUGUCGCUCCACCACGUGGGGGUGGUUGACUUUGACAGCUACGCCGAGCCCCUGUUUUCCGCGAUGCUGUACGAACUGCACCUUCCCAUUGCCGAGGGCAUGGCAAUGCCCGAGAAGGCGGCCGGGUUCGGGGUGCUUAGCCAAAUUUCCCUCUUCAGCAUUGGGGAGAACGAGAUGGCUAUGGCCGAGGGCUGCGUUGGCAACAUGCUCCCGCGUCGCACGGACUCCCCGCUGUGGAACCAUUUGCAACGCUUCAUUCACGCCACCAGUGUCUUCCUGCGCCCCAACGCCACGGAUAAGGCGGUUCUGCGCCGCGUGUUUGCCUUCUACAGCAGCCUCGUGGCUGUCGUUCACCGCAGGAUGAAGCGGCAGCGGAGCUACACCCGUGCGCGGACCACGCACCCAACCCAAUGCGCGGGGCGACGCAUUCCAGAGGCGUACCUGUGGAACCGCGACACCAUAGACCGUUUCGUGGGGCUUGUGGCGCCGGUGCUGCGUCUCGCCUUGCACCAUCGCCUUGAGGACGUCGCGCGCAUCGUCGGCCUGCUCGCCUCCCUUUCUCCCCCCACCGUGCAGCAGCUGGUGUUGCCGUGCGUCGACGCCGGGAUACGCGACCACGUCGGCUCAUCGGCUCAACGUGCGCUGGCGCUGCGGCUUUUGACAAAGUCGCUCUUCCCACUCAGUGAGUGCCGGGCCACCCGCGACGAGUGCUGGCUUUUCCUCGCCGACGCGUUGCCGCUGCUGCUGCAGUGGGUGAGCCCCGGGGAGCUGUCGCUGUCGAGGCUGGUCCUGAACCUCGUCUUUCUCAUCUGCUCCAUGACGAAACUGCGUGAUUUAUUGGGAGGGCAGGACGCGGAGUGCUCCUUCGCCGUCGCACUCGUCGAGCGUCUGUUUGCCUGCGCUCCCCACGUGAAAUUCGGUAAAGGGUGCGAUUUUGACGUCCUCAUACAUGCCAUGAAUGCCCUCUCGCUUAACAUGAGCGACGAGACACUUUCUUGCUGCAUCUCCAGAGUGUGCAGGGAGGCGGACGCUCAAGGUUGCCUCUCCAACGCGCAUGCCGUGAGUUGCCUGCUGGAGCCGAUUGCCCGCCGUGCCCCUGAGCGCAUGAUGCGUUGGGCCAUCCAGCGUUUUGCGCCGCCCCUGCAGAAUGCGUCUACGUCCCACUGCGAGGUGCAGUGGUGUGCACAUCUUCUUGCUGGGUGCAUCCGUGGCGCGGGGCUCGCCGGAUUCUCGCACCGACAUGAACUGCUGCGUUGCAUUCAGUGCCAGGUGUCGUUCAUCACGAGCAAGGAGCGACUUCUGACGGCGGCUGCCCUGUACACCGCCGUGUUUGCCGCCUUCACAGAAAAGGUCUGUACGGAGGCGAAGGCGGAGGAGGCGCCCGUGUCGAGCACCGAUGACUGGGCGGCGCAGGACGCGGAGGAAGUGGACGCCGACAGCAAUCAGGACGCGUUUGAGGUGAGUAUGUGCUUCUGUCGAAGCAGCACUGUGCAGAUGACAUGGCGGGAACCCACAGAGGCGCAUCUUGCCUACGUGGUGGAUGUCUACAGCCUGUUUAUUGAGGACAUCGUGGACACGGUCCACAACAUUGAGCGGGUGCUGCCCCCCGCCGCGGCCGCGCGGGGCGAUGGGCUGAAAAGUCUACUCCACCUCCCGACCGACGAUGCAUCUCAAGCGGCCAGCCACGAGGGGGCGGGGAGCGCGCCGGCGGCCGCCACGCCCACCGCGGCGCCCUUAGAGGCGAACAGUGACGCCUUUACCCCUAAAAACGUGCUGCGUGGGGUUAUACUUUGGUUGCGUCUCGUGCUUGAGAUUAACCAGGAGUGCCACGGCUCUGCCGGCGCCAACGGCAACAGCAACAAAAAGAGUAACAUGGUGCCUUGGUGGGUGCAGGAUCCAAAAUGCACGUUGCCGUUGCUGCCACCCGCGUUGGUGUCCCCCGCUCUCAUGCUUGUGCCGGAGCGGAUACACAGACUUCUGAUGGAGCACACGCUCCGCCGCAUGGCGGGGAAUAUGGCGGAGGAAAUUGUCAUUGCGAAGGCGCUGCAUUUAGACCGCAGCCCCGUGACGCAUGGAAUGCCCCCGUUGGAUCCCACGCAGGCGAACGGAGUGGACCCCCGUGGUCUUCACUUGGUGCUGACCGUUUUAGCGGAGCUGUGCAACAUCACCCCUGUGGCACCCCUGCAGUACGACCACUGCCGCAUCUACACCCAAGGACCAGAGCUAUUCGGGAGCAGUGUCGUGGAGCCAUUGAAAGAGCGGCGUUAUUUACCUGCCCUCUUCUGGCGCAUGAAGGCAGAGUCGUACACGUACAAACGCCGUUUGCUUUUGCUACACACUGUGUCACCGAAGCGGCUUACAGAGCUGCUUUCGGUUGCCCACACUUUUCUUUUUUCACCGUACCUGUCAAUUCAGGGUAAUUGCUCUCAAAUUUUGAGUGAAUGCAUACCGAUGAUGAGCUGCGCGGCGACGCGUCGCUUUCUCUCUCAGCACCUCUCAGUGCUUGAGCACAUUGCAAAGCUGUGGGCCGAACAAGACGACGCCGUUUGCCAGCUUCCGCCUCGUCCUGGCGCAGUUGCCACGGCGACGACGACGCCGACGACGACGACUUCUUCCUCUUCCAAGGUGGACACAGGUGGCGCUGACGCGGAAAGCCCCGCCGGGGGCCAGGCUGAGGGGCGAGCGAAUUCACCCGCAAGCUCUGCAGAAGACAACACGCACCGCCGCGGCGGCGCAAGCGGCGCUGUCGGCGACGAGGAUGAAUACAACGACGCGGACGCCUUUGCUGGGAUUGAUGAGGGCGACGACUACAACGGCGACUACAUGAAUGAGCUGCGGACGCACUGUUUGUCGCACCUGCGGAGGAUACUCACCAGCGCCCUCCCACUGGCCUCCACGGGCUUUGGCAGCUCCUGCUUUUGCAACGACGAGGCAUUGAUUUAUCGCACCUACGAGGUGCUGCUGCAUCUCCCGGAUCAGCUUGUUGUGCAGCGGGGCAACUCUCGUGUGAUGCCGCGGAAACCCCAUGAGUUCGGUGGCCUUGCAACGAUGGAGGGCGCCACUGUGGCGCGUUUGUGUGACAAACUCCUCUUGCUCGCACUGCAGUUUGCCCACAGGGCACCAGACAGGACGGUUGACUGCCUUUUGAAGAUUGUUACCCUCUACCGUCCCUCGCAAAUCGCCCUACUCUCCCCGCAGAGCGUGCCCAUCAUCUUUCGUCUCUCCGUGAACAGUCACGGCAAGGCACGUGCAACUUCGCUUCACAUCCUGCAGACGCUUGUGUUGUCACUGCGGGAGCCGCAUCCAAAGGCGUAUGUCUUGACUCGACGCGGUGCCUUGGAGACGAGCGAGAAUGUGGGAUUUUUUCGCGCACGCUACGAAGUGCUGAAACGCGACUGCCCUUCUUUUUACGGCUUGCGUGAUGUGGGGUUGGCCUUUGUGCCGAAAGCCAUACGCGUUGACGCCGAGGAUGUGUCUCCCGACAUGUUUCAUGACGGCGAAGCGGCUACGGUUCCCGCCGCAACUGUCGAGUUUCGUAAGACGUACACAGAGAGAGGAAAGGACGACACCACCAACCCGGCUCAGGCAGGGCUAAAACAGCAACAGGAGCGUCUUGCACGAGAAGAGCUGAAGCGGGUCAUUGGCCAUCUUUCUGGCAUUCUCGAUACUGAACUUAACCCGCCUACCGCUGACGAACCCGGUCUGGAGGGGGCCGCCGCGGCGAAGUUGCGCGAGGGGUGGAUAUGGAAGGUGAUGCAGCUGCGCCAUGAACAGAAGACCUUUUCCGAGUGUCGAAUGCGUGUGUGGAAAGCCAUAGGAAAACUAUUGGGGGUGGAGCCGUCGGUGCGCCUCUUUACGCGCUUGUCGCGUUUGUGGCUAAGUGACUUUGUCACACUCGCGCGUGGCGGUGGCGCGACUGCAAAGGAAAGCCCCCAGUGGCUGUUUUCGUGCGUCUUCGAUCUCUUGGUGGCCGCCAUUCGCAUGUCCAAACGGCACCCUGCUGUGCGGCAGGAGGUGCUCACGUGCUACAUCGACGCGCUGCGACUGGUGUGUACCAGUAUUUUGGUGCCGCAUGGCGUACUGGUUUCCUUUUUGCAGAGCGUUGCGGCCCUAGGCGAGGCACUCAAGGUGGAUGAGGUGUGGUCGAUUUACGAGUUCCUCUUUGCGGCGCUGAUGCCGUCGCCGCCGAGCGCCGCCGCGGCUACAGAUCCACCAAGCACGGAGGAGGACACGGACACAGUCGCGCAGUGCAGUACCUCGUGCUGCUCUGGGAGGACGCAGGAGUUACAACGGGUGUUGAGCGUCAUGGUGCACCUGCUGGGCGUCUUUGCGCACGAGGUCAAUGUCGAGCUUCUGCCCCGGCUCUGUGAGCAGGUGCUGCGCAACAAGGAGGUAUUUCUCUACAGCCUUUCCUCCUGUAUUCAAGGCUGGGCUGCUUGUGUGAUUUCAGAAAUCAUGUGCCUUUCCUUGUGUAAAAGUGAGUAUAUCCCUCCAAAUGUCAAUGCAGUGGGUGAACUCCUGCGGUUUGUUGAUCGGAUAGAGCGAUUGGUUGAACUUCCACCACCGCCGCAGCCGGAGCCGCAACCGACGCUAGCGCCGUGGAGUGAAACACCUGCAUUGGGGGCAGCACCACUGCCACUUGUAUCCAAGUUUGCUGCUACCGUUGGGCCGCCACCGGAGUGUCCAAUGGACCCCUCUCUGCCGCUGGUUGAGGGUUUUAGCCUUGACUCUGGUCGUUGCACGAUGCCAGCCGCAAAACUUGCAACCGUAAAGACAUUUGUUGCGUGCUGGGCCAGGGCAACCCCGCCCCUACUAGCCUUGCGUGCGCAGCCGGUCCUCAGUGUUCUUGUGCGUGCGCUAGACAUCGCUAUGCCUGAGAUGGAUGGCUUGACGUUUCAGGUGGAGUCGGCGUUGCAAAGCAUCGCCUGUGUCCGCUUGCCGAAAGGCACGAUUCAGGAUAUGCUGCAGAUGCUGUGUAGCAUCCUCAAGGAGGAAAGGCCGUAUGGUAAGUCGCGUCAGGCCAAAGUUGCCCUUAGUCGCAUGCUCUGUCGUGUGCUGCUUAACAAUCUCCAUCGUAUUGGCAAGUUUGCGGCCAUGCAGAAUGUUGCAGCUGCGGCCUUGGCAUCUAUUGGCCACGGCGAUGGGCGCGUUCGCAGUGAGGGGAGGUUGCUUUUGGCGGUUCUCUCACGGGUGGCGUCGGUGGAGCAGAUUGAGCAGAUUAUUCGGGGCUACUUUCAGGAGCUGCGCGCCUUGUCGCCGGUGGCGGCGUCCAUGGCGGGCGCCCACCCCCAGUCGCCGCUCACGCACCACGAGAAUUUGCGCCGGCGCCGCCGCAUCGCGUUGCUGCUCGCGUUGUGUUCGCUUUUGUCCGCCACGCCGGGGGUCGUGCCGCCGUACGUGCCGCGCCUGGUGGAGCGCCUGGCCGCCUACGCGAGCGACCCGGCACCGGAGGUGCAGCGGGCCGUGCGGCUGGCGUUCGACGACUGGUGGCGCUCGCACCGCGAGGGGUGGGAGCUGGAGCACAGGCCCCGCUUCGCCGCCGCCGGGGUCCACAUCGAGGGCAUGCUGCCGCUGCUCACCGCCCCCGCGUACCUCGUCUGA